CAGCCUGUUGAUGUGCACGUGACUGCCAGUAGUCACGGGUUCUGCUGAAACAUUCGUUCGUUUCAGGUCAGAUUUGGGUUUUGGAUUGUCUCCUAUCCGCGGCGGCAUGUCCUCACCCUCCUCGUGUGGCUCACAGACGGACGCAGAAUGCUGUUUGUUCCAACGCCGCGCAGCAUCAUCAGCAUCAUCAGCACCAGCACCAGCAUCAGCACCAGCAGCAGCAUCUACACGAUCAGCACCAUGUCUCCACCGCAGCCAGCCCGCCGCCUCCUGCUGACGGCUCACACACACAGAUGAGAGACAGUGCUGUGGCUUCCUGAUGCAUUUGUCCAGCCACCAUGCAGUGUUCUUGGAAGUCCAUGGUGUUGCUAGCAUUAGCCUCCAUAGCCAUCCAGUACACGGCCAUCCGCACGUUCUCCACCAAGACCUUAAGCCUGCUGUGCUCUGUGGGCCUGCCGCCUACGGACCACGCCGUCAACUGCAGCCUGAAAGAUCUGACGCGAUCGGGCCAGGAAACACUCGAGGGCUCAGACCGGGGCUGUGAAGAAAUCCUCUCCCACACCCCUUCUUCCUUCUCUGGCAACAAGAGAACCCACAUCCUCAUUCUGGCCACCACGCGGAGCGGAUCCUCAUUUGUGGGUCAGCUGUUCAACCAGCAUCCAGAGGUCUUCUACCUGUUCGAGCCUCUGUACCACGUCCAGUCGGCGCUGCUUCCUCGGCUGGCGCAGAGUCGGAACCUGGCUGAGAGGAGGGUGAUGCUGGGACCGGCUAGAGACCUGCUAAGGUCUUUGUACCACUGUCACCUCAACAGUCUAGAGAGUUAUAUACACCCCCGACCUGCUAACCACUCCACUGACAAGCUGUUCAGACGAGGAGCGAGCCGGUCUCUGUGCUCACGACCUGUAUGUGAGGCUGCUCUGGGCCCAGAAGAGCAGAGCCUGGUGCUGGCUGAUGAGGGCGAGUGUGCGAGGAGGUGUGGAUCCCUCAAUGUGUUGCUGGCUGGUGAUGCCUGUAGGGCAAAGCGCCACGCGGCCAUCAAGACGGUCCGGAUUCCACAAAUCAGCGACCUCAGGGCGUUGAUUGAAGACCCAAGACUCAACCUGAAGGUGGUCCAGCUCGUUCGAGAUCCACGUGGUAUCCUGGCAUCUCGUAUUGAGACAUUUCGAGACACUUACCGGCUGUGGCGUCUGUGGAGAGCCACCGGACGUCGACCCCACAACCUGAACCUACGACAGAUCAACACGGUGUGUGAGGACUUCCUCAGGUCUGUGUCCACGGGCCUCGCCAAACCGGCCUGGCUCAGAGGGAGAUACAUGCUGCUCAGGUAUGAAGACUUGGCCAGGUUUCCUCUCCAGAAGACCAGGGAGCUCUACAGCUUCCUUGGACUGGUUCAGGACCACGGUGUGGAGGAUUGGAUCAUCAACAACACCCGAGGCAGCAGCGAUCUGUCAUCCCGGCAGAAGUUCACCACAGUUCGGGACUCAGCAGCGAAUGCAGAGAACUGGAGGGUGAAGCUGUCCUUCGACAUGGUGGUUUACACUCAGACUGCCUGCCAGCCUCUUCUUAAUCUCCUCGGAUACAAGACAGUCUUCCACCCUAGAGAACUGAGGAACCUCUCGCACUCUUUGGUGGAGGACAGGACGUUCCUCCCAUUUUUUUAAACAACUGAUGACUUAACAUACAUCCAAUAUGGGUUUAAGAAACCAGCAAGUAAGUACGGUACUGUAGUUUAUGGAGAGUAGACAAACCAAAUCUCCUACCUAGCCAAACACCCUCUGAGCAUUAUGGUAAUAAAUGCAGUACAACUUGAACCUUUAAAGGGCUCAUAUUAUAAAAAGUGAGAUUUUCAGGUCUUCUACAUUUAAAGCAGGUUUAAGUGCUAUAAAAAUACUAUACAAAACGCUCAAUAUACGGAGAAACACAAACAGCCCGUAUUCAGAAAUUGUG